AUGCACCAAAGCAAAUGGCGGCUCUUUAAACGUAAGGUCUUCUGUCAAAAUAUAAAUGAUGGCCACCCAAACUGUAUGCACUGGAUACUGCUAAAACAACCCGGAAAGUAUACUAUGCAACCUUGGUCAAUAUAUCAGCUGGGUCGUUUAUAGCCUAAAGCCAUGGAUGUUGAAGUGAUGGUAAUGAUUUUAAUAUAGAAUUUGCUGAAAAGGUUUAGAGAUAUUUUUUGUGUUCGAAUUUGUUAUGCUGCAAGAUGUCUUUACCAGGGAUUGUUAAAGUUUCAUCAUUGAAUAACUGGUUUACAACUGAAGUUCAACAUAUGAUGCAUGGAUUUGGUGAUUGUAAAAAGCCACUUCAUGAUUCAGCAUUUUUGGUGCAAGAUCUAGUUCAUAAACAGAUGGCAAAUCUUCUUCAACAAGCAGCAGAAGUAGCCUCAACAAGAACCAGUCGAUUUAUAGGUAUAGAAGAUAUUGUGUUUUUGAUGAGAAAAGACAAGAUUAAAUUAAGAAGGUUAUUAAGAUAUAUGAAGGUUAAAGAUACAAAAGCUUUAGCAUUAAGAUCAGCUGGACUUGAGGAGGAAGAAAAUCAAGAGGCAAGUGAGAAGCCCCCACCAGCCGGUAGUGUACCUAUGUAUAAAAGAAGAAAAGUUUGUUAUGAUUUUCUUUCAUCAAUAGAUCAAACAGGGGAACUAAUAGCUCUGUUUGAUGAUGAGGGUUUUGAUGAAAUCAAGCAUGAACGUAUGGUGAGAGCUGAACUACAGAGUAGAAAUUUAGAUACUAAGCAAUAUGCAGAGUUUUGUGAAGCUCGACAAUCUGGAUUUAGUCGAAAAUACAAAUUCCAAAGAUUUAAAGAAUGGUUGAUGGCCGGAGUCAAUGUUGAUAUUAAACCUAAUCCACAUGCAUUAGAAGUUAUAAGUUAUCUAGCUUAUGAAACUGUGGCAGAGAUAGUUGAUCUGGCUCUGAUAGUUAAACAAGAUAUGAGAGCAACUGUCAGUGAUCCAAUGCAGAAAACUUUACCUCAACUAUGUCAUAAUUAUCAUGAUGCUGAAAAUCUUGUUAAAUCUGCAGUGGGUGGACUUGGAUCUCCGUCAGGUCAACAAAGUCCUCCAUCAACACCAUCUACACCAUCGAUACAAGCCAGUACUGCAGCACCACCAUUACUUACAAAUCAAACUUCUGUAUCAUCUAACAAAUCUAAAUCAAAGAAACGCAGGAAGAGUGGACAGACCAGUAAUAUAGAGUCUCAAGGAGACAAAGUUAUUCACCCUUCAGAUAUUCAAGAAGCUCUCAGAAGAUAUGGACAGAGUAUAGGCCCAUUUGCUUCAACAACUAAAGUAAAUACCAUGGUAUCUCCCAAGCAAAACUUACUGUGUCUGUGAUAUAAUAAUUGAUAUACUGCUGAAGAUGCUGAACAUAAAGUCUGAUCAAAUCUUACAGCUGAGAUUAACUGUUUUAAUAGGUAGUGCAAGACAACUGUGCACACAAAAAUUUGAAGAAAUCAGACAACUUAAAUUUAGCACAAUUGCAAAUAUUGAGUGACAUAAAAACUUCCAAAUGAAGUAAAUGGAUCAAGUGACAUUAAAUAUCUUGUGUUUAGGGUUUGUACUUGUUAAGUGCUAACAUGGUGUAUUUGUAUUAUUUAUAGCAUAAAUAAAAAGAAAAACUGUU